GUCAGCUGACGCGAGAGGGUUUGAAGCGGCACCGCGAGGGAGCGAGGCCGCUGCAGCGGCGGCGGGCGCCCGGACCCCGGCUGCCCGGCGGUGUCCGGCGGCGUCCGGCGCUCCCCGCCCCGUAAUGGCAGCCCCCGUGGGCCGGCGGAGCUCAGAGACUGAGCGGCUCCUAACCCCCAGUCCUGGGUAUGGCACCCAGGCCGGGGCUUCCCCGGUCCCUCCGGAAGAGGAGGACCUCCGCCGCCGGCUCAAGUACUUCUUCAUGAGUCCCUGUGACAAAUUUCGGGCCAAAGGCCGCAAGCCCUUCAAGCUGAUGCUGCAAGUCGUGAAGAUCUUAGUGGUCACUGUGCAGCUCAUCCUGUUCGGGCUCAGCAACCAGCUGGCAGUGACAUUCCGGGAGGAGAACACCAUUGCCUUCCGGCACCUCUUCCUGCUGGGCUACUCGGAUGGGGCCGAUGACACCUUCGCGGCCUACACACGGGAACAGCUCUACCAGGCCAUCUUCCAUGCUGUAGACCAGUACCUGAUGCUCCCUGAUGUGUCGCUAGGCCGGUAUGCCUACGUGCGGGGCGGGGGUGGCCCCUGGGCCAACGGCUCAGCCCUGGCCCUCUGCCAGCAGUACUACCACCGAGGCCACGUGGACCCAGCCAACGACACCUUUGACAUUGAUCCCAUGGUUGUCACUGACUGCAUCCAGGUGGACCCCCCUGAGAGACCCCUUGUGCCCCCCAGUGAUGAUCUCUCCCUCUCGGACAGCAGCGCCAGUUACAAGAACCUCACGCUCAAAUUCCACAAGCUGAUCAACGUCACCAUCCACUUCCAGCUGAAGACCAUCAAUCUUCAGAGCCUGAUCAACAAUGAAAUUCCUGACUGCUACACCUUCAGUGUCCUGAUCACUUUCGACAAUAAGGCGCACAGUGGGCGUAUCCCAAUCAGUCUGGAGACCCAGGCCCACAUCCAGGAGUGUAAACACCCCAGCGUCUUCAGGCAUGGAGACAACAGCUUCCGGCUCCUGUUCGAUGUGGUCGUGAUCCUCACCUGCUCCUUCUCUUUCCUGCUGUGUGCCCGCUCGCUGCUGCGUGGCUUUCUGCUGCAGAACGAGUUUGUUGGGUUCAUGUGGCGGCAGCGGGGACGGGUCAUCAGCCUCUGGGAUCGGCUGGAAUUUGUCAAUGGCUGGUACAUCCUGCUGGUCACCAGCGAUGUGCUCACCAUCUCGGGCACCAUCAUGAAGAUUGGCAUUGAAGCCAAGAACCUGGCGAGCUACGACGUCUGCAGCAUUCUCCUGGGCACCUCCACGUUGCUUGUCUGGGUCGGCGUCAUCCGCUAUCUGACCUUCUUCCAUAAGUACAAUAUUCUCAUUGCCACACUGCGGGUGGCCCUGCCCAGCGUCAUGCGUUUCUGCUGUUGUGUGGCUGUCAUCUACUUGGGCUAUUGCUUCUGUGGCUGGAUCGUGUUGGGCCCCUACCAUGUGAAGUUUCGCUCGCUGUCCAUGGUGUCGGAGUGCCUGUUCUCGCUCAUCAAUGGGGACGACAUGUUCGUGACGUUUGCCGCAAUGCAGGCUCAGCAGGGCCGAAGCAGCCUCGUCUGGCUGUUCUCCCAGCUCUACCUCUACUCCUUCAUCAGCCUCUUCAUCUACAUGGUGCUGAGCCUGUUCAUCGCGCUCAUCACUGGAGCCUACGACACUAUCAAGCACCCAGGCGGUGCUGGCGCAGAGGAGAGCGAGCUCCAGGCCUACAUUGCUCAGUGCCGGGACAGCCCCACCUCCGGCAAGUUCCGCCGCGGGAGCGGCUCGGCCUGCAGCCUCCUCUGCUGCUGCGGCAGGGACGCCUCGGAGGAGCAUUCGCUGCUGGUGAAUUGACUCGGACCCGCCACUGCUACUGGACAUUAGCCCUCCGACUGCGGAGACUCACGCUUAUUUAUUUGUAGGGUUUGCUUUUAAGGACCGGUUCCCUGCUGCGCCCUGAGGACCUGGC